AACAGCCGGAGCGGCCGGGCGACAGGAGGCUGCGGCGGCAGCAUGAGCUACUACCAGCUACCGGUGGUGAUCGACAACGGCUCAGGAGUGAUCAAGGCUGGCCUGGCUGGGUCCCGGGAUCCUCACUUUAUCUACCCGAAUAUCAUCGGCCGCGCCAAGGGCCAGACCUGGGCUGUUGAGGGCGCGCAGGAAGUGUGCGUGGGAGACCAAGCUCAGGAGCGGAGACACUCCCUUUCCAUCAGCUACCCAGUGGAGCGUGGUCUAAUUACUUCCUGGGAAGACAUGGAGAUCAUGUGGAAUCAUAUCUAUGACCAUAACCUGAAGCUGAAGCCCUGUGAUGGCCCAGUCUUGAUUACCGAAUCAGCACUGAACCCAUUGGCCAACCGGCAACGGGUCACUGAAGUGUUUUUUGAGCACCUGGAGGUUCCUGCUUUCUAUAUGUCCAUCCAGGGGGUGCUAGCUCUCUUUGCUGCUGGCUUCACAACUGGCUUUGUGCUGAAUUCAGGUGCUGGAGUUACCCAGUGUGUACCCGUCUUUGAGGGUUACUGUCUGCCUCAUGGUGUCCAGCAGCUAGAUCUGGCAGGCCUUGACCUCACCAACUACCUGAUGAUGCUGUUGAAGGAACACGGCAUCAUGCUGCUUAGUGCUUCAGACAGAAAGAUUGUCGCAGACAUUAAAGAAACCUCUUGUUAUGUGGCAAUGAACUUUGAAGAGGAAAAGGCCAAGAGAGCUGACUCUGUAGAGAAGGGUUACCAACUACCUGAUGGGAAGAUAAUCAAGCUCCAUGACCAGCUCUUUCAUUGUCCAGAGGCCCUCUUUUCUCCGAGUCUCAUGCACCUUGAGUCCCCUGGCAUUGAUAAGAUGUGCUUCAGCAGCAUAAUGAAAUGCGAUACAGAUCUGAGGAAUUCCUUUUUCUCCAAUAUUAUCCUUGCUGGGGGAUCAACCUCUUUCCCUGGUUUAGAUAAACGGCUAGUUAAGGAUAUAGCAAAGGUGGUACCUGCCAACACUCCUGUGCAGGUUGUAGCUCCCCCAGAAAGGAAAAUAUCAGUGUGGAUGGGAGGCUCUAUUCUUGCAUCCCUGUCUGCCUUCCAGGAUAUGUGGAUCACUGCUGCAGAAUUUAAAGAAGUUGGACCCAACAUAGUACACCAAAGAUGCUUCUGAAUACAGAUAACAUGGUUAGAAGGAAACAUUUUGAGUAUAUGUGACAGAAAACUUUGGAUAUUAUAUGAUUCUGGGAGAACAGAAAAUAUUUCAAUUAUUGAAACGUCCAUGUCUCUAUUGCAUUUCCAUAAUGAGAGAAAAUAAUGGUAAAGUUGUCAAAUAACAUGUUUAUGG